ACGUCAACUUCCAUGAAACAACUAUCCAUCAACUCUCACUCAGCAGGCAGACGGGAGCCUGGCACCAUAACUGAGCUUUGUUGCUUCUUGACAGGAAAACUUGGAAACAAUGUGUCCCUGAGACCCAUUUCUAGGGCCCAGAAUAGAUACAACUGUCUGCAGCAACUUGUGAGGGUGCCUGAUCUCACCCAAACAAUACUGGCGUACAACUUCGCCUCUCUACGGAUAUAAUGCUGUUGCUACCUUGACUACCUUUAGGACAAUCGUCCUAUGCACGUUAUAAACAGAGAGUGCUUCUUCCUCGAUUUGCUCUGCUCAUCAAUAUUUCUGAAGGAUAUGGGUAACGGAAUAAACAAGAUCCUGCCAGGCCUUUAUCUGGGGAACCUGAAAGAUUCUCAAGACAAGGAUCUGUUAGCCAAGUUCAACAUCACACACAUCCUCUCCAUCCACGACACAGCCAAACCCGUCCUCGAGGAUAUGAAAUACCGUUGUAUAUCUGCUUCAGAUCACUCCAAGCAAAACUUGUGUCGUUUGUCUUUGAGGAUGCCAUACUUCAAGGACAGCAUCGUCUUCAUCCACGAGUCUCGACUGCAGGGAGGAGGCUGUCUAGUCCACUGUGUGGCGGGGGUGUCCCGCAGCGUUACCCUGGUGGUGGCGUACCUCAUGACGGUGACGGGCCUGGGCUGGGUGGACUGCCUGGCUGCAGUCAGGGCUGCCAGGCCCUGCGCCAGACCAAACCUGGGCUUCCUGCGGCAGCUGGAGGAGUAUGAAAAUCUAGACCUGGCCCAGUAUAGGACAUGGUGGACGGAGCAGUUUGGGAAGAACCCGUUCAACGACCACGAGGAAAUAAAGGCUCUUUUGGACCGGAAAUCCCAGGACAACAGUGACGCCAUGGCAACCAGUAUAGUGGCGCCUAUGGCAACCAGUAGAACCUAGUGUUCAUCAACUACCAUCCAAUGCAGUCAUGCAUGGAUGUAGGAGGGGCCUGACCUUGCCAGUGUGUGUGUGUGUGUGUGUGUGUGUGUGUGUGUGUGUGUGUGUGUGUGGGUGUGGGUGUGUAUGUGUGUUUAUAGAUACAUACAAAAUGGUAUUCAAAUAUUGUCUUGAAAAACAAUAAUUCUCUGACAAAACCGGUUUUCAUUGUGUAAUGGCGUGUUAUUAAUCAUUCAUUUAUUUUGAUAUUUUGAGAAUAGGCCAGAGAAGAGACUGUGGUUAGACAGCUCCUAACAUCGAAACAACAUGCUAGAGCAGUCAAGGUUAACAUCAAGAAUAGUUUUUCUUUGUAGAUUGGAAAGCGAGAUGUUAUAGGUUAUACACGGUUAUAUCACUUGUAGAAUAAUCAAUUAAUCGUGAAACAUGAGUCAUUUAUUAAAGUGGACGUCUGUCCAAUCGGCCUGCCGUGUGUGGUCGGCUAUUAUGUUAUGACACUAUGCAAUUCAACCGAGUGAUCGAUAGUUUCUCAAUUCACGUGUAAAUACUAGUGCCCACACAUUUUACUUUACUUAGGCUUACUUCAUUUCAAAGAAAUGCAUUUGCCUCAAUCUUCGUUGAAAAUGUUUUCCAAGUGUGCGGGUGUUAUGUAGAAUACGAUCAAUGAUAGCCUACCAACUCUGACACAGGGUUUUCCCCCUGCAGCGUUACUGGAGGAGCGCAGCUCACAGGAGAUAAGAUUAAACAUAAGGGCAGGUGCCUGAGCAGCAUCGUCGCAACCCCACUGCCCCCGCCCCUUGUAGCUCAAGAGUUCAUUUAAGAGGGUUUGCCAAAUCGACGGCUUUAUAAGACUAAUCGGUUUCAAAAUGAUCUGAUCUGGUGUCGAAUUUCGGAAGUUUUUUGGUAACUUAUUUUUGUUGAAAGUAAAAUCAUUUAUUGUGUUUGACAGUGUAUAGCAUUAACAUUGGAAUUGAUUGCUCGAUUAAGAAA